CCCCCACCGGUUUACUUAACAGAGGGACCACACCGGAAGUCACAUCUCCUCUGUUACAGGCUAACCGCGGUCGGAUCGAUUUGUUGUUAAAAACUUCUGCUGUCUCUCCUCUUCUCUACUUUAUUAUCGAAGAGUCUGUGAUUCCCGACCUGAGCGAGAAUGACGGACCGAUACAACAUCCACAGUCAGCUGGAGCAUCUCCAGUCCAAGUACAUCGGCACCGGACACGCCGACACCAGCAAGUGGGAAUGGCUGGUGAACCAGCACCGAGACUCCUACUGCUCCUACAUGGGACAUUUCGACCUGCUCAACUACUUCUCCGUGGCUGAGAACGAGAGCAAAGCGCGUGUUCGCUUCAACCUGAUGGAGAAGAUGCUGCAGCCAUGUGGGCCUCCAGCAGACAAGCCAGACGACGCGUAGAUCACAGUGCACCACGUCGUGUCUUUUGUAGGGGAGGUUUUCUGCAGGGUUUUGUUUAUUUUUCUUGGACAUUCAGUUUUUAACGUGAUUCUCAAACGUCUGACAGGACGCUCGGGCUCAGAUCUGUGUUGUUUCUUGCCUUGUGCAACUCUGCAUCCUUCAGGGAAGUUGAAACAAAGAGAGUUUCAAGCCUCAGACAUUCACCAGAGAACUCCUUGUUAAACAUGUGUACAUGGUCCUGUGUUUGUAUUAACUAACAGAGGUGUAUUCUUCAUAGAAACAUCUGUUUUAAUUAAAAUCAGUCUUUCUCUCUGUCGGCCUGUUCACGUCGUUAUUUACAUGAUAUGUGAUGGUUCGUUGAUCAGAUUGGUAUCAGAGGGCUUUCAUGGCUCGUUGAAUUUCCAGCAUGUGCAAAAUUAGAAACUGGCGUACUUCAGAUUAAAAAAAACAAAAUAAAUGUAGUAAAACUA